AUGCUCCUCCCAGACAUCCUCCUGGCUCGCGCCCCUUCUCUUUCAGGCCCUUCUUCAUCUAGCAACUUCCCUGCCACCAGCCCAGUGCUCCUAAGCCUGCUCAGUUUCAUCCACAGCUCUGUGGCCGUCAGACACGUGUGUGAAGACGAUCUGGCUGAGAAGAGGAGGAGCAACGAAGUCCUGCGUGGGGCCAUCGAGACCUACCAAGAGGUGGCCAGCCUGCCCGAUGUCCCUGCAGACCUGGUGAAGCUGAGUCUGAAGCGGCGGUCAGACAGACAACAGUUUCUAGAAGAGUUAAGUUACAUGGGAGGAAACCUAAGUAACGAAGUCCUGCGUGGGGCCAUCGAGACCUACCAAGAGGUGGCCAGCCUGCCCGAUGUCCCCGCAGACCUGGUGAAGCUGAGUCUGAAGCGGCGGUCAGACAGACAACAGUUUCUAGGUCACAUGAGAGGUUCCCUGCUUACGCUACAGAGAUUAGUUCAACUAUUUCCCAAUGACACAUCCUUAAAGAAUGACCUUGGAGUGGGCUACCUCUUGAUAGGAGACAAUGACAGUGCCAAGAAGGUUUAUGAAGAGGUUCUGAAUGUGACACCUGAUGAUGGCUUUGCUAAAGUACAUUACGGCUUCAUCCUGAAAGCACAGAACAGGAUUGCUGAGAGCAUUCCAUAUUUAAAGGAAGGAAUAGAAUCUGGAGAUCCUGGCACUGAUGAUGGGAGAUUUUAUUUCCACCUGGGGGAUGCCAUGCAGAGAGUUGGAAACAAAGAGGCAUAUAAGUGGUACGAGCUUGGGCACAAAAGAGGACACUUUGCAUCUGUUUGGCAGCGCUCACUCUACAAUGUGAAUGGACUGAAAGCUCAGCCUUGGUGGACCCCAAAAGAAACGGGCUACACAGAAUUAGUAAAGUCUUUAGAAAGAAACUGGAAGUUAAUCCGAGAUGAAGGCCUUGCAGUGAUGGAUAGAGCCAAAGGCCUCUUCCUACCUGAAGAUGAAAACCUGAGGGAGAAGGGUGACUGGAGCCAGUUUACACUGUGGCAGCAAGGAAGGAAAAAUGAAAAUGCCUGUAAAGGAGCUCCUAAAACCUGUACUUUACUAGAAAAGUUCCCUGAGACGACAGGAUGCAGAAGAGGACAGAUCAAAUAUUCCAUCAUGCACCCCGGAACUCAUGUGUGGCCACACACGGGGCCCACAAACUGCAGGCUGCGAAUGCACCUGGGCUUGGUGAUUCCCAGGGAAGGCUGCAAGAUCCGAUGUGCCAACGAGACCAA